AUGCUCCUCAUGUACGCGCCGGUGAUGGUUGCGCUGGCGGCGUUCAAGUUUGCCUCGAUUCCGCUUCUCGUCUCGCGCUCGCUCAACGACCCGUACUCGCGGUUCGCCAAGUUCUACUCGUGUGCCUUUGCCUGGCUCCGGGACGGGAACACUAACGAGCGCAAGGCCAAGUUGGUGGCGUUCAACCAGGCCAUGAUCGAGUUGACGCAUCGCGGAACCAAUAGGGUCUCAAUUGUCGUUUGCGUGACUAAUCUCUCGUCAUACUCCAGGAUGAUCACCCAGCGUGUCAUCCAGUACUUUGUUCUGCUCAACAACAGCGAUGAGUACUCGUACGCCGAGCACCGGCGGCUGCGCGGAACCUCGAUUCGCGGCUUUAUCCAGGCAGUGUGUGGCUGA